ACCCGUCCGUCUCUAGGACCCCGCAGACACCCUGCAGAGGGAGGGCUUCACAGCGGAAGCAGAGCGAGCAGCAGACGCUAACGUACCGAUGCUACCAACGAUAUAGCUUCACGAACAACAUUUACUAACUUGAUAAUAACAUUUAACCCCGACCGCCAUGUCUCAGGUGGAGAAGAAGGUGGGGCUACUCCGGAGGUCCUCCUCCUCCAAGAAGCCGCUGAAGGAGAAGGUGGUGCUGAUGUACGACGAGAUCUUUGCGAAAGAAGACCCCUCCAAACACAACCCCCGCUUCUGGGACGAGCUGUUCCUCAUGAAGGUGAACCUGGAGUACCUGGAGUCCAAGCUGGAGAGCGUGGACGGGGAGGAGGUCCAGAGGAUCCAGGACAACAUCAACUCUCUGUUCCACCACUGUGUGCAGGCACUGGGGGAGGAGCACCAGAUCAAGGUGGUCAACGCCCUGCAGACGCUGUGCGCUCUUUUCCGAGGCGUCCACCAGAAGAACAAGUCGUCCUCGGGCUUCGACAUCAUCAACAUGCUGAUGGGCUUCGACAAGGCAGAGCUCCGGAUGAAGGACCUGAUGGAGAGCCUGGACAGCCUGCUGUGUGGGGACGGAUCUGAGAGUCUGAAGAGUCUCUGCCUCAAACUGCUGCUGUGCCUGGUCACGGUGACGGACAACAUCAGCCAGAACACCAUCCUGGAAUACGUGAUGAUCAACAGCAUCUUUGAAGCCAUCCUGCAGAUCCUGUCAGACGUGUCCAGCAGGGGGCAGCAUGGCUACGACGCGGUGGUGCUCCUCGCUCUGUUGGUCAACUACAGGAAAUAUGAGUCGGUGAACCCGUACAUCGUGAAGCUCUCCAUCGUGGACGACGAGCCCACCCUAGACGGAAUGGGGAUGGUGGUGCAUCACGCGCUGACAGAAUACAGCCGGCAGUACAAGGCCAAGGAGGAGGAGAACCAGGGGGGCUUCUUCUCCACCCUCACCACCAUGGUGGGCAACAUGUUCAUAGCGGACGCAGACGAGAAGCUCUCCGUACAGACCAACGAGGCCAUCCUGCUGGCGUUGUACGAAGCCGUUCAUCUCAACAGGAACUUCAUCACGGUGCUGGCCCAGAGCCACCCGGAGAUCGACAUGGGGGUCACCUCCAUCACCCCGUCUCCCACCACCCCCACCACCCCGCUGGGCACUAGCCCCCCCUCCCUGGACGUCAUGAACAACCAGGAGCAGCUGACUCUGGACCCCAACCUGCAGACCAGCAACCUCCUCAUCACCUUCCUCAAGUACGCCUCCAUCGUCAUGCAGGACACCAAAGAGGAACACAGGCUCAACAGUGCACGGCUGUGUCUCAUCAUCCUCACCUGCAUCGCGGAGGACCAGUACGCAGACUCCUUCCUCCACGACGACAACAUGAACUUCAGGGUCAACCUGCACAAAAUGCCGAUGAGGCACAGGAAGAAGGGAGUGGACAAGAACAUCCCCUGCCGCCCGCUGGUGUGUGCGGUCCUAGAUCUGAUGGUGGAGUUCAUCGUCACUCACAUGAUGAAGGAGUUCCCCAUGGAUCUAUACAUGCGCUGUGUCCAGAUCAUCCACAAACUGAUCUGCUACCAGAAGAAGUGCAGGAUCCGGUUACAUUACACCUGGAGGGAGCUGUGGUCAGCUCUCAUCAACCUGCUGAAGUUCCUGCUCUCCAACGAGACGACGCUAUUGGCCAAGCACAACAUCUUCCAUCUGGCCCUGCUGGUGGUGAACCUCUUCAACAUGUUCAUCACGUACGGGGACACCUUCCUGCCCACGUCCAACAGCUACGACGAGCUCUACUACGAGGUGGUGCGCAUGCACCAGGUGUUUGACAACCUCUACUGCAUGGUGUUGAGGGUCUCGACCAACACCGGCCAGUGGAAGGAGCCCGCCAGCAAGGUCACACACUCUCUGGUCAACGUUCGGGCCAUCAUCAACCAUUUCAACCCCAAGAUCGAGUCGUACGCAGCCGUGAACCACAUCUCCCAGCUGUCUGAAGAGCAGGUAGGCCGCAUCCUGGAUGAAUAUUUCAUCGCAGCUCCAUUAGACAUUUGAAUAAAACAAAACCCCACGCAAACUCU